CACUUGGUCGUGGGAAGUACUUACACCUUAGGAAUUACGUAUUAUUUUAGAAAACUGUAUAAAAAAUGAGUUCAAGGAAGAAUACUGGCUCUGGGAGGGACAAAAAGUCGUGUAUGGCUUCCCUAAAGGGUCUGACAGUGGAACCGGCAGGUUUUCUGCUUGUGGUGGCCUUGGUGGUUUCUCAUCUGGCGUUCCAAAACGUGGUGAUGGAAACGAUUUGUAGGGUGGAUUUGGAAUAUGAUGCGGAUAUUUGUAAAGAGAUUAUUAACAAAGUAAACAUCACGUACAAAGCUGAGGAGCGGGAAAUUCAAAAAGUCGUGGCGGGUGUUCAAGCGAUUACAUCGGUGAUCUUCAGCUGUAUCACGGUCCUCGUCGUGUUGUUCAUAGGACCCUGGAGUGACGCAAAUGGGAGAAAAGUACCACUUCUCCUAUCCAUGUCUGGCCUGAUUUUGAUGCCAACCAUGAUGAUCGUUGGGUACCUCUGCCUCGGGAAGAUUGCCGCUUUGCCGAUGGCAUUCCUUGUCAUGUUUCCGAUGACCUUGACUGGCGGGAUUGUCGUGUUCGGGAUGUCGGCGGGAUCAUACAUUUGCGAUACAACAACGCCAAAGAAUAGGACGGUGAGGAUGGGAGUCUUUUCUGCGUCGGUGCGGUCAGGAACUCCGAUCGGAUUUGUGGUUGGCGGGCUGUUAAUGAAAUUUCAAGUCGGGAUUAUCAAAUCGCUCCUGGUUUCGGUGUGUUUGUCGGGAUUGGCGUUUGUACUUGUCCUCCUCAGAGUGAAAAACGGGAAACCGGAAGGAGCUGAGGAAGAUGGUGACGAAAAUGGCGGGGCUUUAAGGAACAGGAGGAAGAUAUCGUGUUGGCGAAAAUAUAAUCCUGUAACGAAGUUGAUUCAAGCGUUUGCCAUCUUAUUUCAAAAGCGGGAACAUCCUUGGCGGUUCUAUUUGUUGAUUUUGGUCCACAUCUGUUACGCCGCGCCAGGAGCGGAGCAUGCCAUGAUUUAUCUCUUUGUGAGGGAGAGACUUCAAUGGAACAUCAGCAGCUUUGGGUUUUUCUCGAUGGUUAACUGGCUGCUGAGUGCGGCGGGAGUGUUUCUGUCGAUGUACGUUUUGAGUAAGAAGUUGAAGUUGUCAGAUGCACUGGUGGGGUUUGUUUCGGGAAUUAGUCAGAUUGGAGGAUCGAUGUUGUAUGCGUUUUCGACAACGCCAGCGAUGAUGUAUUGCGCAUCCGCCCUGGACAUGAUGAACGGGACGAUUAACGUAGUUGUGAAAUCUAUGCUGUCAAAACUGGUGGCGGCAAACGAGGUGGGAAAACUAUUCGCGCUUCUCGGAGUGAUUGACAGCCUGCUCCCUCUUGUAAUGAUGCCGACGUACGCAAUGGUCUACAGAAGUACGGUGACCUUCUUUGCGGGAGCUUUCUUCUUACUGUCGGCGGGUAUAACGAUUCCGGCAGAAAUUAUUUUCCUGUAUUUCAUGUGUUCUAAGGAUGACAAAGUGGAAGAAACGAAUGAAGAACCUACGGCUCUCGAUCAGCUUCAAUCUACGAUGGAAUCACUGAACAGGAGCGUCCCAGACCUUGCCAAAUUCACUACGAAUGACGUUCGAUUAAGCAGAGAGGGCUUUGAAGAUGACGAAGAGAGUGAUGUAGAGGAGAGUAGGGACUUGAAAUUUUAAGGUAUUUUAAGGAAAUUUUAGGAGAUAAGGUAUUUAGCUUGUUUCUGUUCGUUAUAGUACGUAGUAAAUUAACAGUUUGAGCAUCAUAAAUUUUAGGAUGGUUUGGAUACAUUUGAAUAACUAAAAAAUAUUUUCCUUAAAUUGAACAUGUUUAAUAGUCUCGUAUUUAUUUUCAAUAAAAUUAUUGGUUCUGAGUAAGAAGUUAUUAGUAAGGAUGGCCCGGCGUUUAACAGCAAACAAAUAUUAGUAACCUGGAAAUAAUUAUUAGUUGACAUAAAAAUACAACUAGGAGUCCACUGUCUAUUUACUUAAAAGUUAAAUGUACUUAUGUAUCUGCGUAUCUCGAUAAUGAAGUUGAAUUCUAAAUAAACAACGUUUUAUGCUGAACACCAAAUUCCAGUGAAGUUUAACUCUAAGUUCGUAUUUAGCUCUUCGUUUUAAUUAUCUACAGAUCUAGAUAGCUUUAUUAUGAGCUUCAGUCUUAAUGUCUUAUUUUUCUAGUUGUUUCUGGAAACCAGUCAUUAAUUAAAUUGUACUGAUCAACGAGAAACUAAAAUAAAUUUGAAUAAAUGCGUAAACUAUU